AUGAAGGAUGUGGGCCCAGAAUCAUGUGGCCAGCCCACCCCCUGCUGGCCCUCACCAGCCUUGGAGCCUGUUCUAGGGAAGGCCUCCCAGCAUCUGGGACUAGAGAAUGGGCAGCCCCUCUGCCUCCUGGAGCUGAACUGGGGUGGAACUGAGUGCGUUCUUAGCUUUACCGGGAGGACAGCUGCCUGUUUCCUCCCCACCAGCCUCCUCCCCACAUCCCCCGCUGCCUGGCUGGGUCCCGAAGCCCUCUGUCUACCUGGGAGACCAGGGACCACAGGCCUUAGGGAUACAGGGGGUCCCCUUCUGUUACCACCCCCCACCCUCCCCCAGAAUACCACUAGGUGGUGCUGGAUGCUUGUUCUUUGGCCAGCCAAGGUUCACGGCGAUUCUCCCCAUGGGAUCUUGAGGGACCAAGCUGCUGGGAUUGGGAAGGGGUUUCACCCUGAUCAUUGCCCUAGCCAGGUUCCCAGGAGGCCUCACCACACUCCCUUUCGGGGCCAGGGCUCCAGCAAGCCCAGGGCAAGGAUCCCGUGCUGCUGUCUGGUAGAGAGCCUGGCACCGUGUGUCGGGAGUGUGGGCCAGGCUGAGUGCAUAGGUGACGGGGCCGUGAGCAUGGGCCUGGGUGUGUGUGAGCUCAGGCCUAGGUGCGCAGUGUGGAGAGGGGUGUUGUGGGGGAAGAGGUGUGGUUUCAGAGUGUGUGUGUGCAGGGGUGGGUGGGUUAGCGUGGGUUAGGGGAACGUGCGUGUGGGCGUGCUGGUAGGCAUGUGAGAUGAGUGACUGCCGGUGAAUGUGUCCACAGUUGAGAGGUUGGAGCAGGAUGAGGGAAUCCCGUCACCAUCAAUAAUCACUUGUGGAGCGCCAGCUCUGCCCAAGGCCCCACCUGGGCGGACAGCCAGGACCUCUCCAUGGCCAGGCUGCCUGUGUGCAUGUUCCCUGUCUGGUGCCCCUUUGCCAGCCUCCUGCAAACCUCACAGGGUCCCCACACAACAGUGCCCUCCAGAAGCAGCCCCACGGAGGCAGAGGAAGGAAAAUGGGGAUGGCUGGGGCUCUCUCCAUCCUCCUUUUCUCCUUGCCUUCGCAUGGCUGGCCUUCCCCUCCAAAACCCCCCUUCCCCUGCUGCCAGCCCCUUUGCCAUAGCCCGACUUUGGGGAGGAGGAAGGGGCGAUUUGAGGGAGAAGGGGAGAAAGUUUAUGGCUGGGUCUGGUUUCUUCCCUCCCCAGAGGGUCUCACUGUUCCAGGGUGGCCCCAGGACAGGCAGGGGCCACACUAUGCCUGCACCCUGGUAAAGGUGACCCCUGCCAUUUACCAGCAGCCCUGGCAUGUUCCUGCCCCACAGGAAUAGAAUGGAGGAAGCUCCAGAAACUUUCCAUCCCAAAGGCAGUCUCCGUGGUUGAAGCAGACUGGAUUUUUGCUCUGCCCCUGACCCCUUGUCCCUCUUUGAGGGAGGGGAGCUAUGCUAGGACUCCAACCUCAGGGACUCGGGUGCCCUGUGCUAGCUUCUUUUGAUACUGAAAACUGUUUUAAGGUGGGAGGGUGGCAAGGGAUGUGCUUAAUAAAUCAAUUCCCAGCCUCA